CUAAUGGUGGCUCAGAUGCUUGUUGCCCAAAAAUUCCAAAUACAACCAAUACCCUUUUCCAAGUUUUAAUCUUUUAAAAAAAAAUCUUUAUUUUCUUUGCAAUCCCAAAACCCUUGAUGACAUUUUCUCGCCUAGCCAAUCAUCCCAUCAAUUUAAAAAGUAAAAGCCGUAGAAAUUGAAGCACUAGAUAUAUAUGUUCUUGUGUCACAAGUACAACAAAAAGGAAUACAAAACAAAAAGAAAUCAAAAUUUGCAAAUUCCUCCUUUUAACACCCUCCUCAUCAAAGCCUUGUUUUUCACUCCUCCUUCCAUCUCUUAUUCUUUCCUCCAUUCUUUAUCCCAACUUCAUUUCUCUUUUUUAGUGGCGGUGGUGGUCAGCUCAGGGCGGCGGAGGAGAGGGCAAUUGGGGAGGGAAGAGAGAACAAACCCAGCAAUGGAAACUUCAACAAGACUUCAAGAAAGCAGAAACCCAUCUCCGAUAAACUCUCCUCACAGCAAUGGAAGCAACAAUGGAGUCCAAAUCCACACCCCACCACUCACUCCGAUACCCAUCUCCAGAUCUGACUCUAACCCUUAUCCGACAACCUUUGUCCAAGCAGACACCUCUACUUUCAAACAAGUAGUUCAAAUGCUCACCGGCUCAACAGAAACAGCAAAGCAAGCCUCUUCAAGAACUGCUCAAGAUCAACCACCACCGCCUACAACUCCCACAUCAACUGCUACUACAAGAAACUUUACCAUCCCUCCAAUCAAAUCCAUGCCAAAGAAACAACAAAAUAGCUUCAAGCUCUACGAAAGGAGAAACAACAAUCUCAAAAACAGUCUCAUGAUCAACACCCUGUUGCCUAGUUUUGCAAGUAAUAACUCAGUUACAGGAUUUUCGCCGAGAAACAAACAGGAGAUUUUGUCUCCAAGCUGGCUUGACUUCCCUAAGCUGACACUUAGCCCUGUAACUCCAUUGAAUAAUGAAGACCCUUUCUACAAUAGCUCUCCAUCUUUAGGGAAUUCAUCGUCGGAAGAGGAAAGAGCCAUAGCAGAGAAAGGGUUUUACUUGCAUCCUUCGCCGAUAUCUACUCCUAGAGAUUCAGAGCCCCAAUUGCUGCCACUUUUUCCGGUGACUUCACCAAAAGUUUCAGGUUCUUGAUUUUCUUGAAGAUGGAAGAGAAAAGGAUUGUAAGGAGCUGAUGGGUUUUGAAGGGUAGAGGUCUUUAGUUUAAUUGUACAAUUUGAUAUCUCUUGUCAUGAUAUAUAUGGUAAAGUCUUUUGUUUAGGCUCUUUUCUUUCUUUUCUUGAGUGUGUUUUCUAUUUUUUGCCAAUUUGAUAAAUGGGGAUUAUCAUUAUCAGACAUUAUCAUUUAGGCAAAUUUUCAUUUCUGAGAUUAUAUAUUAUAAGCAUGAUGGAAGAUCUUUUAACUUGUC